AUGGGGCUGAAGGUAGAGGUUCGGAAGCAGGCAUUGCUUGAUGAUCAAAUAAUGGGGCUGAAGGUAGAGGAUUGGAAGCAGGCAUUGCUUGACGAUCAGAUGCUGAGCCUGAAUGUGGAGGAUGGGGAACAGGCAAUCCUGGACCAGCUGAAACACGAUGAAAAGGAAUGA